ACCAGAAAGUCCCGGAAGAGGCUGCAUUCGUGCAGCAUGAGCGCGAGGCGCAGGUGAGCGCGCGCUCUUAUUAUUACCUUCAACCACACAGAAAAAGCAAACAAACAGAGAAACGACAGCUUGGAUACCGUUUCAACGAUGUGCCCGGUACUUCUACACUGCUAAUGUAACUUCUGGACGACUUUCAUGACCCGACACUGCUCAUAUUUGACUUGCUGGAGAUCAGUGUUUGAUCCAACAUCCUGAUUCACACUGCGCUGCCAGACGCACUGAGCAGAGCUUACACAUGUAAUGAGUUAACCAACAGACCCAGUGACCGUCAUCUUCCACUAUGGCGAGCAAGGACUCUGUCGACCCCUCACAUGCUACAUUUGACCUCUUCGUCCAAGCCCAGAGUUGUAAGGAUGUGAAGAACCACUUCGCUGCACUCUGCAGGCAACUGGACAUCGAUCCUCGGGAUUUCAGGAGUUUCUACAUCAAAUUAAAGGAAAGACUAAACUACUGGAAGGCCAAAGCCCUGUGGACCAAGCUGGACAAAAGGGCAUCCCACCCAGAUUACAAGCAAGGAAAAGCCUCCACCAAAAACAAGUGUCUUGUGUUGGGUGCUGGGCCAUGUGGGCUGAGAACGGCCAUUGAACUGUCCCUGCUGGGGGCUCAGGUGGUGGUGUUGGAGAAGAGGGAGAGCUUCUCCAGGAACAAUGUUCUCCACCUGUGGCCCUUCACCAUUUAUGAUCUCCGCGGGCUCGGAGCCAAGAAGUUCUAUGGCAAAUUCUGCACCGGGUCGCUGGAUCACAUCAGCAUCCGUCAGCUGCAGUUGGUUCUAUUGAAAGUGUCACUUCUCCUCGGGGUGGAGGUGCACACCGGAGUGGAGUUUCAGAACUUGAUUGAGCCCUCGGGAGAAAACGGUUGGACGGCCAAGCUGCAGCCAGGGUCUCAUCCUGCUGCUACCUUCCAGUUUGACGUCUUCAUCUCUGCUGGAGGAGGCAGGUUUGUUCCUGAUGGUUUUAAGCAUAAGGAGCUGAGAGGCAAGCUGGCUAUCGGCAUCACAACCAACUUCAUCAACAGACACACGGCCGCAGAGGCCCAUGUAGCAGAGAUCAGCGGUGUGGCCCGCAUCUAUAACCAGAAGUUCUUCCAAGAGCUGCUCACUGAGACGGGUAUUGAUUUGGAGAAUAUUGUCUACUACAAAGAUGACACCCACUACUUUGUCAUGACUGCCAAGAAGAAGAGCUUGUUGAAGAUGGGGGUCAUUAAACGGGACUACAGCGACGCAGAGGAGCUGCUGGCUCCUGCAAACGUGGAUCAGGAGGCUUUGUGCCGCUAUGCCCAUGAUGCUGCCACCUUCUCCACUGGUGGCAAACUGCCUGACCUCCAGUUUGCUAAGAACCAUGCCGGCCAGCCAGACGUGGCCAUGUUCGACUUUACCUGCAUGCACCGUGCUGAGAAUGCUUCUCUGGUCAGGGAGAGGGGGGGGAAGAAAUUGUUGAUGGGUCUUGUUGGAGAUUGCCUGGUGGAGCCUUUCUGGCCCCUGGGCACAGGUAUUGCCCGUGGGUUUCUAGCUUCUUUUGACACAGCGUGGAUGGUGAGGAGCUGGGGCAUGGGGGUCCCACAUCUCAAGGUCCUAGCUGAGCGAGAAAGUAUCUACCAGGUCCUGUCCCAGACCACACCAGAAAACACCUGCAAAAACUACGCUGUCUACAGCAUUAACCCCAAAACGCGGUACACAAGAGCCAACCUCUCAUCUAUCCACGCCAACCAGGUGCAGCACCUCUACGAUGUUGAUAAAUCCAAUCCAUCGAUCAAGAAACAGAAGAGCCAAUUGUUUCCCAUGCGUCAAGAUUCAGUCAAUGGUUUUGAGGAGUUGUUGAGAUGGUGUCAGAAACACACCGCGGGUUAUCAAAAUGUGAAUGUAAAUGAUUUUUCCCAAUCCUGGCGGUCCGGGCUGGCUCUGUGUGCUCUGAUACACCAUUUCAGACCUCGGCUCAUCGACAUGUCCUCCCUAGAUGAGUCCAGUGCUGUUUACAACCACCAACUGGCCUUCAGCGUCUUAGAGAAGGAACUGGGCAUCCCGCUUGUCAUGUCUGCCAGUGACUUAGCCAAAAGUGAUCAGAUAGACAAGUUGUCCAUGGUCCUCUACCUCACCCAAGUCCAAAAGGCCUUCACUGUGCCAGCAAAAGACCCUGCAGCCUUCCUGCCGUCGUCCAAGCCUCUGACUCUCUCCCAGACACAGUCGGCUGUCUUUUUCCUGACCAAGCUGAAGCACAACUCUCUGCAAAGGCGCAAGGAAAAGCUGGCGACUGAGAAAAGAAAAAAAGAGACGAGGAUGGGAGAUGAGGACAGUACGGCGGUGCCUCCUGUGUUCCCCGAGCUCAGUCCGACACCUUAUCCGGCUCUUGAUCCUGAGCCUGAAUCUGGUGCUGGUGUGUCGAUGAGAAACAGUGAGGAGUGUUACUUCUGUGCUCAGAGGGUCUAUGUGCUGGAGCGCAUCAGUGCUGAGGGCAAGUUCUUCCAUCGCAGCUGCUUCACCUGCCAUCGGUGCGGCAUCACUCUCAGACUGGGAGGAUACACUUUUGACCAGACCACAGGGAGAUUUUACUGUGAGCUGCACUCUGAAGAACUGGAGCUGGAAGACGGGGCUGGAACGUUGUCUAAGGAUGGCGAAGGAACAAAUGAGGAGAACAGGCUUUCCACUGAGGAUUAUACACCAUCUCCAUCAGAUGAGGAGUUUGAGCAUAUUCUGGACUCUGGUCCCUGUGCUCACUCACAGUCACAUACACCUGAAGGACAGGACCACCAUGUACUUGAAUCCAAAGAGGAUUCCCAACAACCACACCCAUCAAAAACUCCCAUACAUCCUCCAUCUAAAACUGAGGUGGCAGCACCCACUGAGGAGGAGACCGUGUCCUAUCCUGUGCCAAAGCCCCGCCUCUCUCAGCAGACCACACCCAGCCCUCAGCCCUCUCCUCCAAUAGCAAAACCUCGCUCAAUCCACCUUUUUAACCCCUCGACACCAGAACAACGUUCAUCUCCAACCCCUACAAAAGAGAUCUCCACAGCAGCACCAGACUCCCGUCCUAAGCAAUCACUCCGAAAGCUUCAGCUGACCAAUGAGGAGAAAAGCCAACUAGUGAACCUUCAGAGCCUCAGCGCGGACUCUGACUCAGAGACCCCCGGUGGAUCCUCCUCAUGCUCCUCUUCCUCUGCAACCGCAGGAGGUCCAAGCCCUCCUAAACCUGAGGGACUGGAUGGGCAAGAGGAGGAGGGCUACUGGAGUGGGAGCACCGCAGGUCACAUCCGGGAGAAGAGGAAUCGACGCUGCUUCAGGAGAAAAGAGAUGCCAAGUGGGCAGACCAGGGUACGAUCCAAGUUUUCCCCCUGGAAUCUCUCUUCUCCGAGAAUCAGCAGAGACACCCGGCUCAGUGUCCUCAUUAAUCAGCCAGGGAGAGUGGAAACAACAUUCAGACACGCACACAGCACUUCAGAAGAGGGUGGCGAUGAUGAUGAAGACGACGAUGAAGAAGAAGAUGAGAUGUUUGCGCAAGAUGAUGUUGACUUAUUUGAUGCGAAAUUUCAGAUGGUGCCGUCAGACCCUGUUGAGGCUGAGAAAAUGGAGCUGAUGAAGAUGAGGACACUCGAGCGGCGGGCCAAGAUGAGCGAAUUACAGCGAUUGCGCAAAGCCCAGUCCAUCCAGAGGAGACUGGAGGAGAUUGAGGUGACCUUCAAGGACUUGGAGGAUAAGGGUGUAGUGCUGGAGAGGACGCUGCGUGGAGAGGCUGGCAGCAACGGCUCUCCGGAAAUGAUUGAGAAUUGGAUCCAGCUCGUCCAUGAGAAGAACGCGUUGGUGUCCGAGGAGUCCGACCUCAUGGUGGCGUCUCGUCAGCUGGAACUCGAGGACAAGCAGAGCAUGUUGGAGUUGGAGCUAAGGAAAUACAUGGAACUGAAUGACAAGACAUCGGAGCAGCAGGCAGAAGAAGAUCGGGUCCUCCAACAGAUGAUCGACGUGGUGGACAUGAGGGACUCUCUGGUGGUGUUUCUGGAUGAGAAGAGGCUGAACGAGAUAAGCGAGGAGCAAGAGGCCUUCUCCCUCAGGGAGGCCAAGCGGCACUCGAAGGCAGGAGCUCAGGUUCACUGGGCGUAGGGCUUUCCCGCACACACACAUACUCUGCAUGAACCUGUGUGUACUGUGCAGUAGAUGCCCUCUCGUCUACUGUAUGUGAGACUUGCUGCUUUCAGACCUGAGACUUAACUUCUGCAAAGCCAAAGAUGAUACGGAAUGGUUGAGGAUGGGUAAGCGGCCCCUCUUUAUACAACUAGGAGAAAGCAUUGAGGCUUAUGGGCCAGAGGCUGAGUGAAUGUGUUGCAAUCUUUCCCCUAGAGGGAGACAUAAGCCUGGGAAUCUGAUGCAUUACGCUCAAUAACUCUCCAGCGAAGCCCAGCCUGAUGGUGUGGUCAAAGCAACAGACCACAUAUGAAAAAUAGACACCUAAUGUCUGCUGUUCACUUGAGCAACCACCACACAGCAGAUAAUUACUACCUAGCCUUGUCGUGGUGUCAGAAACAUGUGACUCGAGUGCAAAACCAAGACGAAGCAGCAUCAGAUUACAGCGGCAGGGAACCUGCAGUAGCUCUGGAGACGUAGAGGUGGAUCUAGGGCGAAAGCACACGAUGGAUGUUGUUUUUGAGAAAUAUUUUAAUGAAUAAAUGCUACUGUACACAAUUACAUAAUAUACAUAUAAUUAUGUUUAAUAUGUGUACACUGAAACUCUAGAAAAAUUAUGGUGAAGGAAAAAAAAACAGGUAGAUAACAUUUUACAAUUAAUAAAUUCCACUAUUUAGUAUUUAUGAUUACAUUUUUAUUAUCCAAAUUUGAAUGAAAAAAGACUUAACAGACUGGUUCAUCUUUUUAGAAAUGCUAUCUUUUAUCUUUUGCAGGUGUUCCUCUUUAUGUGCUGGCAGAAUUGCCAAAAUUGAGUCAAAGUCAUUUCGUUGUUAGUAAUAAAAAAAAUUAAAAAACGCCUUAUACAUUCAUUGUUUUGCUGCCAUUUUGUGCCGCCUGGAUGGCACUUCACAGUAUAUCAAAUAAAGAUCAUGCACUUUGA